AUGGCUGAAAUUGAAUCUACAUCGAAUCCAAUCGUGCAGAGAGAUACUAUUUUAGAACUUAUUCUUCAAAUCAAAGGUUUGUUAACUGAAGAAUACAGUUUGGGAUCCAUCCAGUAUCUGAGUAACCUUCUUAGCGAUUUAAACAGUCAGUUAGGCAAUAUUGACGAUGAUUCAUCUCUACUUGAUGUAUUAACCAGAAAAUCUAUCUUAGUUUCGCUGGAAGCAACCGAAAUAAAUAUAAUACGACAAAUUAUAGAAAAACUUGCACCAAAUUCAUCGCUAAUAACGACGAUUCUUGAGAUACUUCAAAAACAAUUAUUUAUCGACAUGGAAUUACAUUCCGACGCAAAUGAUCGAUACUUUGAAAUAGCUAUAGAAUACCUGGAUUCUCAUCCAAAUAUAGACUAUCUAAAUAAUCAAGAACAAUUUAAUGAUAAUGCUCGAUUUGUGUUCGAACUAUUUUUAAAACUCAUUAGUGCUCUAGCUUCACGAGCCCUUCAUAACAUAGCAACUCAGUCCUAUUCAAUGUUCGUAUCAGACUCAAAUGAAAACAGUUUUUUUGACGAUACUCAUCGAACACUGUUAAAUGCUGUCAUACCGUACAUUGAUAAUUACUUUUCAAGUUCAACAAUAGAACCGAAUAAAUCGUAUUUUGCAAUUCAGUAUGUUAUCAAAUUACUUCAAAAUUUAACCGAUAAAUCUAGUUUGGUACCGUAUUUUGUUGAAGCUAAUUAUCCACAAGCAAUAUUAAAGUGGAUAGCAUCAGAUGAUUUAGAUAAACAUAGUUAUGAAAUUUGGCUUCGGUUAAUAUCAUUAGUGUCCAACACAGCUCGGAAUCCUUUGGGUGCACAAGCGUUAAAUAGGCUAAAUGCUAUUAGCAUCUUAAAUGACUUUAAAUCAAAAUAUUCGUCAACAAUAACCAAAAAACACGAAGAUAUAUUAGCCCUAUACUAUAUGACUUACGCGUCAUUGUUAGACCCAGAGGAGUUAAAAAAUCAUGGUGAUGCCUCUAUGUACACUGUCAUUAAUUAUAUAAUUAAUAAGAUAAAUGAAGCGUUUAAUUCACCAAAGCUUAGAACUUCUCAAUGUCACGUUACAGAAUUUCUUACCGCAUUGUCAAAACUUGCCAUUAAUGACAAAUGUACUCAGUAUAUUCUAAACAGUGUUAAAGUUAAUAAUGAGAAUGCAUUUGACUUUUUUAUGAAAAAGUUUAUUGAAUACACUACGAUGAUUGUUGAAGAUAAAUCUAUUGUGGAUUUGUGGGAAUUAGUUUGUUCAACAUUAUUCAACAUAUUUUGGAGUUUUAGCUUUCAGAAGGACUGGCAGGAAAAACUAUCAGCAAAUGAAGACUUUGUUAAAAUAGUUAAAGAAGCUGCUUAUCAACCAAGUGUUAUUCGACUCGCCAGUAUGGCUAAACGAUUGGCCGUUAAGAUUGGUUUACACAAUACAUCGGCAUCUGUUGCCGAACCAGUUUCAAAUCGUAUUUCAGAAAUAAAAAAUGCAGCAAAAGGUAUUUUAUCUAAUCUCGAUACUGGUCUAGAUCUAUUAACACCUGAAAUUCCGCCUGAUGAAAAUGAUACGGAAAUGAGUGUGAUGGUAUCCUAUUCACAUUCUGAUGCAACAUUUUGUAAAAGACUCGUUUCAAGUUUAAAAGAUAAAAUAGAUGAUGUAUGGGUCGAUUAUGAAAAACUUGAAUCAAACGAUUGUUGGGAAGAUAUUGCAAAUGCCAUUACACAAGCAAAACUUAUUAUCAUGAUUGUAACAGAACAUUAUUGUGCAUCAAAAUCAUGUCGGCGAGAAGCAACUCACAUUGAUAGACGAAGCAAAAACAUAAUACCAAUAUACCUUUCCAGGUAUAAACCCGAGGAGUGGUUAGAUAUUCGAAUUGGGAAUGCUACAUAUGUAAGAUUUAACGAAGAUACAUAUGAUGAAUCACUUGGUAAACUAUUUGAAUUAAUUUUUAUUAAUGAACGACAGCUAUCUAUCGAUCCGACGAAAGAUAGAGUGAGUAACUUUUAUCCUGAAACGGAAGCAGUAUCAGAUGCACCAGAGCCAUUGACACCAAAUGUUCAAAUGAAAUUUCGGUUUCCAUCAGUAUCACCGCAUUUUUAUCAAAAAUCCAUCCAUGACUGGACAUCGGACGAUGUAAAACAAUGGUUUCUUCAUGAAAAACUGUCUCCAGCUCUGUGCGACUUAUAUUCUUUUUCGAAUGGUGAUGCAUUGUUGGCUUAUACAAAAUUAGUUUUAAGUGACAAGUCAAAACUGAGUCAAGAAUAUAAUACUUUAUCUAAACGUUUGAAUAGUGAUGCUUUUUACCUUGAUCAUUUUGCAAAAUUUAUUAGUGCAGCUGAAAAUUUAAUGAGUCAGUUUGACACGAGAACUAUCGAUACAUGGUCACAGGACGAUAUUCAACGUUGGUUUAUUGAGAAAAAUUUACCAGUGUACUUAUGUUCCAUGUAUAGAUUUUCAAAUGGGAAAGAAUUGUUAAUGUACGCUGAAAUGAAACAUGACCAAGAAUAUGAAAAAUUAAAAACGCGAGUAGAAGAGAAGUUCGGGAAAACGUUGUAUUUGGAUGAAUAUGCAAAGCUCAUGAGUGCAUUAGCUGAACUUACCGAAAAUGCUAAAAAUGAAAAAAUCAAAACGAAUGUGAUAUUCAACAAUAAUAAUUAUGUGAAAGAUGAUACAAUGUUUAUCAAAGUUACUGUCGAUUUUGCUGAUAUGCCAAAAAUGAUCGCACCCUACACUUUCAAUUUGAAUCUUAGACUGCCCCAUGCUAUUCAAGAACAAAUGAUCGAACAAGAAAUUAAACGGCGACAAAGAGCUAAUUCAGUCAUGGUUUCUGCUUCUGUUCGCAAUGAAUCUACUUGCAGUGAAUCAUUGACAUCCCAAGAAGCAGUUGAUGCUGAAUCAUACUUUUAG